UGCGGGCUGUGCUGACCACGCCUCCCGCCCUCUGCGUUCGCAGGGAAGACUGUGGGAUCAUCCCCAAGGUUUUGGGAGAGGAGGAGCGUGCAGACAAGCCUCCCUUCCUCCCAAGGCUCCGUAAAACACAGCGGUGUCCUUCAGGGAGGACAGCAACAUUGUUUGGUGUGAUGCUGGAACAAUGUUCCUUCUGUAAAAAAGGGGAAUGUAUCAAACCUGUAAAAGUGGAAAAAAAGCCUGGAAAAGCAGCAGCUAAGAUCAGAAUUGAAGCAGAUGGGACUUAUUUCCAGAUCAACCAGGAUGGAGGAGCACAAAAGCUGGAGAAGGCAAAAAUUACCCUGAACGACUGUUUAGCCUGUAGUGGCUGCAUCACAUCAGCUGAGAGUGUUUUGAUCACUCAGCAGAGCCACGAAGAGCUCUGCAAAGUGCUGGCUUUGAACAAGGCUGCCUCUCCCAGUGAACAGAAAUUGGUGGUGGUUUCUGUUUCACCACAAUCCAGAGCUUCACUGGCUGCAAGAUAUAAAAUGGGUGUUCUGGAAACAGCAAAGAAGUUGACCAUGUUCUUCAAGAGCUUAGGUGUGCACUACGUUUUUGACACAACUUUCUCAAGGAACUUCAGCCUGUUGGAGAGUCAGCGGGAGUUCGUAAAGCGCUUUCGGAAGCAAGCUGAGGACAAAAAGGCUCUGCCAAUGCUGGCUUCUGCCUGCCCAGGUUGGAUCUGCUACGCAGAGAAGACCCACGGCGGUUUCAUCAUCCCGUACAUCAGCACCACCAAGUCUCCCCAGCAGGUCAUGGGCUCCUUGGUCAAGGGCUAUUUUGCAGAGCAGCAGCACUUCUCACCUGACCAGAUUUACCACGUCACAGUCAUGCCCUGUUAUGACAAGAAGCUGGAGGCUUCAAGGCCAGACUUUUUCAACCAGGAAUACCAGACCCGGGAGGUGGACUGUGUGAUCACCACAGGAGAAGUGCUAAAGCUGUUGGAACAAGAAGGAGUAUCCCUGUCAGAUGUAGAUCCCGCUCCUUUGGAUUCCAUGUUUAGCAGUGCUGCAGGAGAGCAGCUCACCAGCCACUCUGGAGGUGGGUCUGGGGGCUACCUGGAACACAUCUACAAGCAUGCAGCCAAGGAGCUCUUUGGAAUUCACGUGGAUACAAUUCAGUACAAACCUUUAAAAAACAAGGACUUCCAGGAGGUGACACUGGAGAGGGAUGGAGUAGUCCUGCUCCAGUUUGCUUUGGCUUACGGGUUCCGGAACAUCCAGAACCUGGUGCAGAAGCUGAAGCGAGGGAAGUCACCCUAUCACUACGUGGAGGUCAUGGCCUGCCCCUCAGGCUGUUUGAAUGGAGGAGGGCAGAUCAGAGCAGAGGGUGAAGCCAGCAAGGACCAGCUGCAGCAGGUGGAGAGGCUGUAUGAGUCUGUGCAGCCUGCAGCUCCAGAGGACAGCCAGGCUGUCAGGGAGCUGUACCAGCAGUGGCUGGGGGGCCCAGGCUCGGAGGGGGCUGCAGGGGCUCUGCACACCCAGUACCACGCCGUGGAGAAGACAAGCACUGGGUUUAACAUCAAGUGGUGAAGACUUGAUGCUGGGAAGCCCUGACACAGGUACUCGGUGCCUUUGUAACUCAGUCGUGGUUCAGACUCUCCAGAGGCAGCUCAAGCUCUGUGCCAUUGUGGGGAGUCUGCAGUUUGGGACUGGUUAGGGAUGAGAAGGUGCUUACAGGCAGGCACUGUCAAUUCCUGCAGCUUUAUAGUUACUGAAGUGCUGUAAAUAAAAACUAAAUGCUGACUUAAAACACACAUCAAAAGCAGCAGUGAUACAUCCAAGCCUCUGCACAGGCUGUGAGGACUAAAACUGCUCUCCCUUUGCAACCCUGUUCCUACCAGAGCAGGUGGUGAAGGUGCUGAGGAGGUGACCUGCAGGACCCUUCAUGCUACAUCACAGUGUUCCUCAUCCAGGCCUUGCUGUAUUUUCACAGCACUAAGUCUUGUGGACCCUGGGUUCUGUUUUUCCAUUUCCCUGGCCCUGACAGGCUGUCCUUGAGGUGCAGCUGAGUGUCCCUGCUCUGUCAGAGGGGCAGCCAGGGCCACAUGAGGAGCGUCAUCUGUAGGGCUGGUUUAUUGCCUGCUGAAAUGGACUUUCAUGAAGGCUGGAGAAGAAAAAGUUAGAGUGAUUAUUUUUUUUUUUCUUUUAAUUACAACAGUCUAUAACUGUGGGCAAUUACAGCUCUCUUUUUCUCUCCCCAAAUACCCAGUAGAGAGUCACAGAAUUAUCACAUCUACCCCAUCCUCAGCAGCCAGUUACUAAUGGGUAAUAAUCCUUCAAUUCAGAGAAGACAAUUCUUUACAGUAAGAAUUUCUUGCCAGCUUUCCUUCCAGUGAAGGACCAAGUCCUUGCUAUCUCUGAGGUGUUCCUUUUCACAAGUUAACAGCAGGUGGCUGUGAGAUGUAAUCAUUACAACAAGGAGUUUACCAGAAGAAGCCAGGAGGGCAGUGAAAACACCCCUGGUUUAACACAGCAUGUCCUGAUGCCAGAAGACAGAUGGAGCUGGAACAGCUUUGGCCUUGGAGAGGACACGUGCCUGCCGUGCUCACUGUGCUCCUGCACACGGGGAUUUGCAGAACUAUUCACAGAAGAACAACUGAAUGGAUAACUCCGGUUUGGUCUGUUUCAUCUGAGUCACUUCUGGCUCUGCAGUGUGUCUGGGGAGGGGCAGGCAGUGCUGGCAGGUUUGCAGCUGUGCCUGACCCUGAGGGGACGGGACACGGGCAGACGUGGACUCUCCUUGGGGUGCUGUGCUGCAACUGAAGACCAACUUGAGAAUCGUCACUGAAUCACUUCAGUAUUCUCCUUUUUCCAGUUUCUGCUAUGUGAGGAAGAAGUGCAGGGAGUAAAAAGUGGACAAGAACUGAAAACAAAGCUGCCACUUUGCUUAGUUCCUCAGAGUAAACUCGGAUGGAGCUGGAUACUCCCUCGGGCCCCACUGACCCCUGCCUGGCCCUCCCCACAGAUCCUCCCCAGGCACUGCAGCCUCCAGCUUCAGGCUGUCCCACCUCCUGUAACAGCUCCUCUGGCAGGACUUGCCUGUGUCCUUCCCAGAGCCACCAUUAUUAAAAGCAAGCCAUCAGUGUGAAAGACUUGGUUUUUAUGUUUUUAAUUAAAAGCUUUACAUUUUUCGGGUGUUGCUGA